AUGAAUAAAGUGGAGGCAAUAAUAAGAAUACGUCCUCUUUCCGUUAGCGAAAGGAGCAGAGGCAUCCAGCAGGCGUGGCAUAAAAUAGGAAACAAAGGCGUGAUACAGCACUUGAAUAACAGCAGCCAAGAGGUCUCUGCGCAAACCCUUCUUUUUGAUUGGGUUUUUGGAGAAGAUAGCAAGAACGACGACCUCUUUUCGCAUCUUAACAGCACAAUAGACGAAUCUCUGCACAAUGUCAAUGUGUGUCUAAUAGCAUACGGGCAGACAUCAUCUGGAAAAACGCAUACGAUGAAGGGAAUAUUGCACGACAACUCACUGGAAAAAAUAAGCACACUUAAGCACGCUCGAAACACUGAUGUAUGGGGCAAGCCCAUAGGAAAUACAGCAGAAAUAUGUCGCAGUGACCCUGGGAUAAUUCCAAAGUCUCUUGAUUGGAUAUUUAGCAAAAAAGAGAAUCACAAGUUCAGUUUAUCGUAUGUCGAGGUGUACAACGAGAACAUAUACGAUCUUCUAGGAGAUCCUGCAGAGAGCUUGCAGAUAAGAGAGUCAGCGGAGGGAGAAGUGUACAUAAAAGAUGUCGCAGAGAUAGAAGUUCAGACAAAAGAAGAAGCCUUCGAUUUGUUCGCAAAAGGAAACAGCAUAAGAAAAGUCUCAGCCACAAGAAUGAACAGAGAAAGCAGCAGAAGCCACACAAUACUGAAAAUAACGAUAAAAAAACAAGGAAAAAAAACAUCGCUUGUCUUUGUGGAUCUAGCCGGAUCAGAGCGAGUUAGCACAGCUAAUACGUCGGGAGCAACGCUAAAAGAAGGAGCCAGCAUCAACAAGAGUCUUCUGGCGCUUACCAGCGUAAUUUCCAAACUAUCGAAAAAACAGGCGCACAUUCCGUACAGAGACGCAAAGCUGACCCGAAUACUACAGCCAUCGCUUGCUGGGCCAGCUAAAACGGUUAUUAUUUGUGCCGUAUCUCCUGUGCCCAGCUGCAUUGAUGAGACUAUCUCCACACUGGCACUGGCCAGCAGAGCCAGGAAUAUAGAGAUAAAGCCAGCACAGAAGCCAAAAGUAAGGAGGGAGGAUAGAGUGCAAAUUCACUCGAAGAUAGAGGAGAUAUUUGAAAAUGUAAAAACAGCAAAAAUAAAAGUGCAGGAGAUAAAAACAGUUAUGAAAGACGCAGAGUGCAUAAUAGAGCAAAUAGCAUACCAAUCACGAGAAGUAGAGAAUGUGAAUAUGAAAAACACAAAAAAUCAACUAGCAGACAUACUUUUGGAGCUGAAAACAGCAAAAGAAGAACAGAUGGAAAGGCUGUCUGUCUUAUCAGAGUCAGUAAGCCAUUUGAUGCAGCAGGAGAGGAUACUUUCAGAGGAUAUAAAGCCCUCCAUGGAAACAGCAGUCCUUCUAGACCACCUUGCAGAGGGCGAUGCCCUUAUACAGCAGCAGAGAGAGGAGAUAAGCAUGCUCCACCGAUCAAAGCAAAUAGACGAUGCGAACAUAUCACUCGCAAUGGAAAUGGACAGAAUAAAGAAGACCCACCAGCGAGAGAAGAGAAUUCUUCAGCUGAAAAUAGCCCAGCUGAAAUCACAGAUAAAGCUGCAGAGCCCGAUGCAGCCACAUGGAUAG